UGGGCGCGCUCAGGGAGGAAGGAGGACAGACCUUUUUGCCUCAACAGCACUUCAAAAAUUUCUUUUCUUCAAACGGGUUGCCUCAAUUUCUCCCUGUUGUUACUGAAAUAAGACAACUUUUUCAACUCAAGAGUAGCGCCAUACACGACGGGAUAUUUUACUGUCAGAGUUUGGAUUUUAAAGUUUCAAUAAAUGAUGGAUUUAAGGAGUUUGGUAGGCCUACCUGCUGUUCUGCUACUCCUCGGUGUAGGUGCUGUGUUCGCGCAAACUGCCGCACCUAGGAUAGUGUGUGAGACUAAGAAUGGAACAAGCUGUGAGGAAUGUCUAAAGAUUGUGACGUGCCUGUGGUGUCAGAAGACUAAGAUGUGUAUCACGUACCCAGUCAAAACCAUCCUCCCCCCGCACGCCCUCUGCCCCCUCAACGAUGCACGCUGGGGACGCUGCUGGGUGAACUUCCAGUCAUUGAUCAUCGCCAUGGCGGUGGUGGGUGGAGUCAUUAUCAUCGCCUUCCUGGUCUGCCUCUUCUGCUGCUGCAAGUGUGAACACAUCGGGUCUACGAGGUUCGAUGCCAAGAUGGAGAGACGGACCAAUAAGAUGAAGGGAAAACAGGAAGAGAGAAAGGCAGAGAUGAAGAUGAGGCAUGAGGAAAUCAGAACGAAAUAUGGUCUCAGUGGGUCCAACCCGUACUCCAAAUUCUCCUGAGCUGAUAUUUGGACACUGUACUAUCAACUGCCUUCCUUCUCUUUACUUCUGACCUUUCAACACCCCCCACGGACUGUUAACCUUAUUGUCUGUUCUAUGCUCAGCCUACCCCCCCAAACCCAUUAAUCAUAAAAGUCUUAGAGCCGUUUUUAAAGGAUUUGUAUAGUUUCAGACCAUAGUUUUGAAAGUAGCGCUCACGUCAAAACGAGUCACCAAAAAUUGUGCACAACAUCACUUAUUUCGUAUGUUAUGUCCUGCAAAAAAUAUAUAUAUUUCCUGCAAUUCGUAUGAUGUAACGAAUUCCAAUUUGUACAAUAUGUUACGAUUUUGUAAGUUCUUAAAAUCCCGUUCAAUAUCUUUAACCCUUUUGAGGGGAAUACAUGAAACUGGCCUUAGAUCAAAGUCUUGGGACAGCCUGAUAUACAACAUUAUCUUCCCAUGUCACACAGGUCAUUAAACAUUGUGUUGAAUGUAAUGAACAAAGUCUUCUACGAAUACUGAGCUAGAACAAGUUCUGCGCUGCUUGGUGAGUGGUGCAGUGCAGAACAUGUCUUGCAGGGCAGUGCACAGGUGUAGUAGCCUUAAAUGUUACCUUAUAUACCUUCUGUGACUACUACUGUAUUAUAAACUCAAUGAUAAUGGUACUUGAGGGUUACUACUUGGUUGUAGGAGAUCUUGCCUAUGCUCUACUUGAAUGAGAAGAUGCACUCCAGGAAAGUUGACCUUAUCUAUGUUGACCUUUUUCUAUGUAUAUUUAUCUGAUGGUGAACUAUCAGAAAUGUGUCCAGUGCACGCACACCUGUACUCCAUCAAACAAUAAACUUGUAUAGAUGUAUUGUUUUUCUAAUUUUAACCAGAAUUGUACUUAAUGAAGCACUAUGUAGAAAUCCCUCCGGCAUUUCCUGCUUGCUAAAAUAUUAAUAGUUCACCUUAUUUCAGUUUGCGACAAAACAAGCAAGAGAGUCAUUGUACCAUCUAAACAGCUGUGAAAUAUAUUUUCCAUACGGGAAGCAUAGAUCUGCUUCUUAAACUUGCUUUCAAAGAGUCACAGAUCUAUAACUCACAUUUCUAUGUGAAUUUGGUCAGGUCGCCCAAAAAGUUACAUAUUGCAGCUUUAAAUAGGAGGCUAUUCAGAAGAGUUGAAUGCUCAGAAUUGCAGAUAGAAAUGUACCCUACCAUAUAGAAUGUACACACCUUGUAAAAUGACGAAUGUCAGAUCUAAGUAAUAUUUAUCUACCGGUGACCGCUUUCUCAUUACAGACACCAGCUACUUCAGUUAGAAUAUUGUCAGGACAAAUUAAUCAACGUUUUAUUAAUGUCUAGUUGUGUAAUAAACUACCCUUUGUCUGUUGAUUGAACAAAUCUAUUUUUACUCAAAUAAAACUUUCCACUAUGUAA